UGGGAUUCUCCAUUUGGUCACAGAAACUGAUGAUGCUGUUCACGCCGAUAUUCUUUACUCUCCUCUUGGCAGCUUGCCAGGCUGCCUUUAACCAGCCACAUUAUGCGCCGGGACGCGAAACUAUCGUGCAUCUUUUCGAAUGGAAGUGGAAGGACAUCGCGAGGGAAUGCGAGGAGUUCCUUGGACCUAAGGGCUUUGGUGGUGUGCAGGUGUCACCCAUCCAAGAAAACCUGAUAGCCAAAAACAGACCAUGGUGGGAGCGUUAUCAACCCAUGUCGUACCUGAUGAUCACUCGAUCAGGCACAAGAGAAGACUUCGCUGACAUGGUAGAAAGAUGCAACCGAGUAGGCGUCAGAAUUUACGUGGACGCCGUUGUGAAUCACAUGACAGGCAAUUAUGCGGACGCUGUUGGUACCGCAAAUUCCAGAGCAAACACGUACAACCGGGAAUAUUAUCAACCACCGUACCAUGCGGAGCAUUUCCAUCCGAUUUGUACAGUCAAUGAUUACAGAAACGCGGGGAACGUGAGAAAUUGUGAAUUGACUGGUCUGCACGAUUUGAAUCAGGGUCUUGAGUAUGUUCGAGAGAAGAUUGUGAACUUCAUGAACGAAGCUAUCGAUAUUGGCGUUGCUGGAUUCAGAAUUGACGCUGCGAAGCACAUGUGGCCAGCAGAUUUAAGCGUCAUCUACUCGAGGUUGAAGAAUCUUAACACGAAACACGGUUUCCCACAAGGUGCCCGGCCAUACAUUUAUCAAGAAGUGAUCGAUUACGGUGGCGAAGCGAUCAGCAAGACCGAUUACAACAAAUUGGCGGCGGUGGUUGAGUUCAAGUAUGCCAAAGAGCUUUCGAAUGCCUUCCUAGGGAACAAUCUUCUGAAAUGGUUCGUGAACUGGGGAGAAGCGUGGAGUCUUUUACCCUCGCAGGACUCGCUGGUUUUUGUGGACAACCAUGACACUCAACGGGACUCUAAUGUACUCACGUAUAAAAUGUCCAAACAGUACAAGAUGGCAGUAGCGUUCAUGUUAGCUCACCCAUUCGGCACCCCGCGAGUGAUGAGCUCCUUCGACUUCCAAGACCGCGAUCAAGGUCCUCCUCAAGACAGCAACGGCAACCUCGUGUCUCCAAAAAUCAACCCAGACAAUACCUGCGGCAAUGGUUGGGUCUGCGAACACCGUUGGCGACAGAUCUACAACAUGGUGCGAUUCCGCAACGUCGUCAGAGGAACGAACGUCGUUAACUGGUGGGACAAUAACGGGAACCAAAUUGCAUUCUGCCGUGGAAAUGCAGGUUUCAUAGCGAUCAAUGGCGACCGGUCGGACUUGAGAGCUACGCUUAAUACCUGUCUCCCAGCUGGACAGUACUGUGACGUCAUUUCCGGAGAUCUGGUGAAUGGAAGGUGUACUGGAAAAGUUGUCAAUGUGCAGAGUAAUGGGCAGGCUCAGAUUGAAAUAAUGCAGGGAGAGGACGAUGGAGUCCUGGCUAUUCACAAAAAGUCUAAAGUUGCAUAAACUGGGCCAUCGACGUAACCUUUGCAACGAAGAUUAUGCGACCGUCAAUUCUUGAUAUAUCAUAUCCUACAGUAUUAUAAAAAUUGUACAUAUGUUUGAAGUGUUCAAAAGUGUUCGAUUCACUUUGUAAAUAAAAAGGGUUGGAAUAAAUUUUGUCA